AUGGAGAAGAGCAUAAGGAGGGAUGAAGAUGAUAACGGGCGACGAAGUGAGUUGCUGAAUGGAGAGAAGGAAGAACCAAGACACAAAGAAAGACGAGGACAAAUGCAUUGCUUCAAUUGCAGAGGUAAAGGCCACCUGGCAAGAGAGUGCAAGGCUAAAAGGGAGCUUGGGAGUAAAGCAACAGAGGUGUUGUUCGAGGAAGCUAAGCCACCCAGGACCCCGGAAAAGCGAUGUCCUUCAACUGUAGUGCCACCGUUUGGAAAGAAGUCCGUUACAAAUGUGCGAUUUUUGGCAACGUUUAGUCCGCGUUGCUAGACACGGGAUUCGAAAUUUCGACCCUGCCGCAAAAGGUGCAGCAGUGGAUCGAAGAGGAAUGUCAUCGGCUGCAAGAGUGCCCGAUAAACCUGCGUAAAAGGAUUCUGGAUAUGUCGGAAAAUCGGAUGAAGUUUCUGAAGAAAGGACAUAUGUUGGUUCUGGGCACGAAUGCAUUACUAGCACUGAACUAUACGUUAGUCAGACGAUCAGGCGAAGAUUGUGAAAGGGCGAAAUGGCAGAGGAAGCGUUGGUGUAGCCUUCGCAAGAAGCCCGAGUCAGUGAGACUGGAAUGGCCGAAGUGCCGGUGUGGAAUACAUCAUCAGAGCCUCUGGUGCUGAAAAGGGACCAGGAGGUGGGUGACUGGGAGUCGGAUGAUGCAGAGUAUUCCAAGGCAAUGGCGAGAGAGAUGGCAACAGAUAUGCUUAUGAACAACAGAGACAAAGGGGUUCCGGUUGA